GAUGGCAGUGAGCCGAGAUCGCGCCACUGCACUUAAGCCUGGGCGACACUGUGAGACUCCGUCCGUAAAAUAAAUAAAUACAAUAAAAACAUAGUUUUAUCUUACAGUUUCAAGCUUCUACUUGGAAGUAACACGUAUGGAGGCCCCUACAGUCUAGAAUCCCAGCCGUGAGAGCCUGAGCGUCCGUUCCUCCCUCCUUCCCUUCCGCAGGCGUCCGCGCCCUCCACGCCCCUCCUCCGCGGGGGCGGCCUGGGGCGCCGGGUCACGUGGCCGGGGAAGAGGGUUUAUCCCGCUGCCCCUCCGAGCCCCGCCGCUGCUCUGCCGCCCAGGCCCAUGGCCGCAGCCCUGGCGCUCGUGGCGGGGAUCCUGGCGGGGGCGGCGAUGCCCCUCUGGAGCGCGCUUCCGCAAUAUAAAAAGAAAAUCACAGACAGGUGCUUCCACCACUCUGAGUGCUACAGUGGCUGCUGCCUCAUGGACUUGGAAUCCGGUGGAGCCUUCUGUGCCCCCAGGGCCAGAAUAACCAUGAUCUGCUUGCCCCAGACCAAGGGAGCUACCAACAUCAUCUGCCCUUGCCGGGUGGGCUUGACAUGCAUAUCCAAGGACUUGAUGUGUGCCAGCCGGUGCCAUAUGAUUUAGAGGAAGAUGCAGACUGAUCACUGCUCCCUUGGGGCCAGAGGCCCUGGGUGCCACCAACUUGCACCAAAUCCAGCUCCUGAGACAUUAAAGUCACUUCCUGGCCUGGCCUCUGUCUGUACUUUCUGGGCGAGGAGACCUGGUGGGGAUUGUACCAGUCUAGGGGACAGGCAAAAGGGGAGACUGGAGGCAUGAAUGAGCUUCUCAUGGGAUUUGGCUCUGUCCGGAGCUCAGGGUAGAACUCCAGGAAGGGAAUGGCGCAGGGAGGGUGUGGUGGAGCAGGGGCUGGGGCUGGGAAAGGGCCGAUUCUCUGGUUGGAGGGCUGGAGGGCUGUGUGGAAGAGAUGGGAUUGAGGAAUAUGCCUGUAGAGUGUACGUUGGGGUGCAUAUUGAGGGGUGUGUGGUAGGUAGAGACUAGGUGGAGGUAUCUGAAUGUUUCACGGGGCGGGCUGGGGGGCACAAAAGGGUAGAGGUCAUUAGAGAGUUGGUGAGAAUGUGCAAAGUAUAAAUGCAAAAAUGCCUGUGGUGGGAAAGGGACCUGGUGCAUCGAUGCCUCCGCUCUCCCAGGUAUUGUCAGUUCCACUGCAUGGACAAAGAAACUGAGGCCCAGAGAAGCGACAUGACUUGCCCUAGGUCAUAUAAUUGCGGUAGCAGUGAGGCCUUUUUCUGCUGCAAGUAUCUUAAAAACCAACCCAAAUUGGUCUAGGUGAGGAGGGGAUUUCCUGGUGAUCAAAAGUGGAAGUCCAGAGGUCAGGCAGCCCUCAGGUGGGGCCAGAGCCAGCAGCUCUCAGGCUGAAUUCCUUCCCAGUACUCACAGACAUUCCAGGUGUCACCUAAUAACAGGUAGGAUUUAUUGAGCACUUCCUGUGUUCCAGACACUGUGCGAGGUGCUUUC